CGGGGCCGGCAGCGUCUCGCCCACGUGGCGGCUGCCCCGGCCGCUCCUUUCACUUUCCGUUUCCCAGCCCGGCUCGCCCAUGGCGGCUUGGCUCGGCAUGAGGCCGCCGGAGGACGCGGAGGAGGAGGACGGGCAGCUCUGGCAGUACGACUCCAGCUGGGAGGACGAGGAGGAGGAGGGCGGGCAGGAAGGGCUGGCGGAGGAAGAGAAGCCGAUGCCGGUGUGUUCGCGAGGCUCUUCCCAGGCCGGCGGCUGGCAGGAGCAAAGAAGAACAAAUGUACCAUACCUGAGUCAGAGAGGUUUUGAGUUCUCAGCUGGACGUAACUGGAGAGCAGCGAAGGACUUGCAGAGAUACAGGCACCAUUACCCGGGUUUAGAAGAAUCAGAAGCAGAUGAGGAAGAGGAAGAGAUGUGGAAUCUGAGUUUUUACAAAAACGAAAUUAACUUUAAGCCUCGUGGUGUAUAUAUUGACACCCUCCUUAAAGAUUGGUGCCAUGAUUAUGAGAUGCUGGAAGAAAACCAUUCCUACAUACAAUGGUUGUUUCCGCUGCGUGAACGUGGGAUGAAUUGGCAGGCAAAGCCCCUCACGUGUAAAGAAAUCCAGGCCUUUAAGAAUUCAGAGGAAGUUAUGCAAAGAUUCAUAAAAGCGUACGAACUCAUGCUGGGGUUUUAUGGAAUAACUUUGGCAAAUCGAGAAACUGGGGAAGUCGAAAGAGCAGAAAACUGGGAGGAGAGAUUUCGCAACCUGGAUAGGUUUAGCCACAAUAACUUGCGGAUAACACGCAUCCUGAAGUGUCUAGGUGAGAUGGGGUAUGAACACUAUCAAGUAUGUCUGGUUAAGUUUUUCCUGAGAGAAACCCUUUUUUAUGAGAUGCUCCCCAACGUUAAGAGAAGCGCCUUGGACUAUUUCCUCUUCACCAUCCGAAACAAGCAAAAGAGAAGAGAACUGAUCCAUUAUGCAUGGCAGCACUUUAAACCUCAGAGUCGGUUUGUUUGGGGACCACAUCAGAAGCUCUUGAAGUACAGAUGUAGGCCAUCAAAGUCUCAGUGCUGCCAAAAGACUGAAGAAGAGCAGGAGCCCGUCAGAGGAAAGAAGAGAGAGGCAGGAGGAAAGGAUGAAAGCAAACUAAAUGGAGAAGAGAGAGCUGGAGAUGCUGCAGACUUGCAGACCAGAAAGGUGACUGAGGACCACGAAUCGGAGAAGUUAAGUGAACACGAUCACACUACAGACAAAGGAGACGCUGAAGAAGAGACGCAAGCCUUGCUGCCCCAGCCAGAAGAGAAAGAUCCAGGUACUGAGGCUCUUGGUUUGGGGGAUAGAGCAGAGAAUGACUAUCUAAAGGAAAGCAAGAAAAGAAAGCUGGAUAAAAACAGCAAGUGCACGGGUCUAUUGAAAAGUCCCACCGACAUUGAGAAGAUUUCUCAUAAUCUAGGAGAAUGUGUUCUCAAUCAAGAGAACACGGAGCCACUACCAGCCUUGCAGAAAUGCAAUGCCCCAGUGAUGACUGAAGAAGACAGUGUGGAUACGGACAGCUUAAUGGAGCCUGAAUCAUCUGAUGCGGCUGUAAAGAGGAGGAAGGUGGAUGAGACGACACCAGAAAAUGAGGCUUUAAACACAGCCAUAAAUCUGAAUGCAGAGGCCUCUCCCUGCAGUGCCCAGGUAACCAGCCCAGAUUCUGUAAGCCAAGGGACUGAGGAAGAAGAAGCGAGUGAGGAGAAGCAAGCUGUGCAAGAAAGCAGCGUGCAAACUCUGUGUAGCGCUGAGUUGCCUGGCUCUGAGGUUGGCCUGCCCUCGCCAGGAGAGGACGACUCGGUGGCAAGCAGAGAAAGUGCUAAAAUAGAGAAUGACAAGAGCCAGCCUAACAAGACUCUACCAGGAACCAAAAGCCAGGCAGACGGUCUCGGGCUGGAAGAAGAAGCAAAGGAUGUGAAUAUAAAAAGGGAAGACAAAGCCUCAGGUGGGGUCCACGGCCAAGCAGCUCCCCCUGAGGAGCACACAGGACAUCUUGCCAACGCUGGGAACGUAAUACAGGAAACAGGCGGCUCUGGGGAUUCAGCAGAACCUAGUGACCUGAAGAUGUGAUGGAGCAACCCAAAUAUUGCAAAGGCACUAGGGCAAGUGGAGGAAGAGCCAAUGGCAUCCUAAACACCAGGAGCAAGGUGGGUGACUUGUGCACCAAAGACCAAUGGAAGAACACAUCCUUAAAAGUCUAGAACAAACCCAGCCCCCCUGCCCCCUCACUCUUUUUUUUUUUUAACUACUAUAAUGACUUAGCUGAGAACUAGCCACUGGUUAUCCUCACCAGGAAAAAUCUGCUUCCCAGGGAGAGCCUCUCACCACCCACUGUCACGUUGGUAUGUGAUGUUCCAGACAGGCUUCAAGAAGGGGGACGUCUGCUCUUUGCUGCUUUCCCAAUAUGUUCUUUAUUUUUU